GCUCAAAGAGCUAAAUGUUGAGGAAUAUUCUCCAGGUGGUGUCGGGAAUAAGACCAAAAAAAAGGAUGUACAUAGUCCUUCAGUGAAGAAAUUGCUUAAAAAGUGCGAAGAUGACAAGAUCCCUCGACUUUUGGUCGCGAUGAAAAAACGUAACAGAGUCGACAAAGAGCACCGUCCCUUCAAGUGCACCCACUGCAACUGGGCUUUUAAGAAGCUCUGCAACCUGCAGAGUCACUUGCAAACGCACACUGGCCUCAAGCCACACGUGUGCGACAUAUGUGGCAAGGCUUACUCCCACCAGGGCACGCUGCAGCAGCACAAGCGCCUCCACACGGGUGAAAGACCAUAUCACUGCCCCUUCUGUGUCAAGACCUACAUCUGGUCCUCCGAUUACCGCAAGCACAUCCGCACACACACCGGUGAAAAGCCCUACGGGUGUGACACUUGUGGGAAGGAUUUCAUUCGCUCCUCUGACCUGCGGAAGCACGAGAGGAACAUGCAUACCAACAACAAGCCCUUCCCCUGCACGCACUGUGGCAAGACCUUCAACAAACCCCUCUCCCUGAAGCGCCACGAGCGGAAGCACCUUGGAGAGAGGCCUUUCUCCUGCCCCGACUGUGGCAAAGCCUUCGCUCUGGCCAGUCGCAUGGCAGAGCACCAGAAGAUCCACGCCGGAGUUCGUCCGCACGUCUGCCCGGUGUGCUCCAAGUGCUUCACCAAGUCGUCCAACUUGAUCGAGCACGAGGCCAUUCACAGUGGAGCGCGGCCCCAUAAGUGCACCGAGUGCGGCGUGGCGUUUGCCAUGGCCUCCCGCCUCGUGCGGCACCAGUACGUCCACAGUAAAGAGAAACCCCACAACUGCACGGGCUGCAGCAAGAGCUUUAGCCUCCUGGCCAUGUUGAAGCUUCAUCAGGAGCAGACGUGCACUGGGAGGAUCUUUGUCUGCGUGGAGUGCGACAAGUCUUUCCAGUGCGCUACAAAGCUGGCUGAGCAUGUGCUGAACCACAGGGACACACCAAUGUCUGAAUCAGUUUAAAGACAGGUGCUGACAGAUUAAUGGUGUGACGUGAAAGCAGCUACAAGGGCAUCGGACCCUUUUUAAAGUGAGGAUAGAUAUGUUAGUAGUUAUUAAUAAUGAGUUAACACUAAUCUCACAACGUUGGCCCUCUGCAUGUAUUGAAAUGCAGGCAGUUUAUUAUGAUGAACCUGUGCUGUGGUAGCAUGCCUGGGUCUCUCUGAAUCUGGUGGCUAAGGUCGGGACAUGCGAACUCAAUUCAAGCAGGAUAUGGCGCUGAGCAUUCCAUGUCAGAAGGCCCAUCACUUCCUCAUGCUGAGUUUUACGGCUACACAGAGAUUGGUAUACCCAACUUUAGCAUCAGCUUAAUGUUCUCAACCCAUCAGGGCCUGUCAUACACAUACAACUAACAGCUUUAUCAAUGUUGACUUAUCCUCAGGUGCAGGCUGUUUUUAAUUGUCUGGUGAGGAGCGAGUUUUUUUGGACGCACAAGCAGCAAUAGCUGCAACAGACGUGCCCUAACAUAAGCCAGUCAUACCUCCUGAGACACAUUGCUGUGACCACGUU